AUGAUUCUUAGAGGGGAGCAGCCAGAUUUCUUCAGCACAAAUGCCGUCAACCAGAGCCUUGCUAAGAGCAGACAAGUACGGAGUGUGGACGUCACCCCAGCACCUGUUGACUGUGAGCUAUCCAGCUGGUCCUCCUGGACUGCAUGUGACCCCUGUCAGAAGAAAAGGUACAGGCAUGCUUACUUGCUCCGGUCCUCCCAGUUCCAUGGGGAAUUGUGUGACUUCUCUGACAAGGAAGCUGAAGACUGUGUUACCAACCAACCAUGCAGAAGUCAAGUGCGAUGUGAAGGCUUUGUGUGUGCACAGACAGGGCGGUGUGUGAAUCGCAGACUCCUCUGCAAUGGGGACAAUGACUGUGGAGACCAAUCAGAUGAAGCAAACUGUAGGAGGAUUUAUAAAAAAUGUCAACAGGAAAUGGAGCAGUACUGGGCCAUUGGCAAUCUGGCUCAUGGGAUAAACCUGUUCACAAACACUUUUGAGGGCCCCGUUCUCGAUCAUCAGUAUUAUGGUGGAGGAUGCUCCCCGCACUACAUCCUGAACACCAAGUUUAGGAAGCCGUACAAUGUGGAAGGCUACACCCCACAGACCCAAGGCAAAUAUGAAUUUGCAUUUACAGAAUAUGAAUCAUAUGCAGAUUUUGAACACAAUGUGACAAAGAAAGAAACCAGCAAUUCCGCUUUCAAGUUUGGUUUUAAAAUAGUUAGCUUGUUUGAGUUUGGAGUUAAAGAAGAAAGCAAUGGAGGUAGACAUUACAUUCAAAGAACCAAACGAUUCUCCCACACUAAAAGCAAGUUUCUGCAUGCGCGCUCUGUCCUUGAAGUGGCCCAUUACAAGCUGAAGUCCAGAAGCCUCAUGCUCCAUUAUGAAUUCCUCCAGAGGGUGAAGAGCCUUCCCCUAGAGUACAGCUACGGGGAGUACCGAGAUCUCCUUCGUGACUUUGGGACCCACUUCAUCACCGAGGCCGUGCUUGGGGGCAUUUACGAGUACACACUUAUCAUGAACAAAGACCUCAUGGAGCGAGGAGAUUACACGUUUAACGAAGUUUCUGCCUGUGCUGGAAAAGAUUUCCAAAUUGGUGGUGCGGUCUCUAAUGUCUACCUCAAAUUGGGUGUGUCGGAGAAGAAAUGCAAUGAUAUUCUGAAAGAAAUCAAAGACAGAAACAAGAGGGGCACCAUGGUAGAAGAUUUGGUGGUUCUGGUGCGAGGAGGGACCAGUGAGUACAUCACCACCUUGGCCUACAGGGAGCUGCCAACAACUGAGCUGAUGAGGGAAUGGGGAGAUGCCGUGCAGUACAACCCAGCAAUCAUCAAAAUGAAGGUUGAGCCCCUGUAUGAGCUUGUGACAGCCACAGACUUUGCCUACUCCAGCACAGUGAAACAGAACAUAAAGAAGGCACUAGAGGAAUUUCAGGUGGAGGUCAGCUCCUGCCACUGCACUCCUUGCCAAGGCAAUGGAGUCCCUGUCCUGAAAGGAUCACACUGUGAAUGCAUUUGCCCUGCUGGUUUCCAAGGGGUAGCCUGUGAGGUUACCAAUCGGAAAGAUGUCCCCAUUGAUGGGAAGUGGAGUUGCUGGUCCAACUGGUCUGCAUGCUCUGGAGGAAGUAAAACAAGACAAAGACAGUGUAACAAUCCACUCCCUCAGAAAGAAGGCAGGCCCUGUUCAGGCCCUGCUUCAGAAACACUCAACUGUUAGAGGAGGGAGCAGACCCAGCCGGUGGGCGACCCAGCACAAGCUCUGGACCUCACAGACUUCAGUCUGCUUCCCACACACCAUCUCCUACCCAGGGCUGCCACAACCAAAGGCAAUGCCACUCUGUCCUUUAAAGAUUUUAGUUUGUUCAAUGCAUGUUAAUUUGAAUAAAGAGUGGGUUAAGCAAAACCCUCAGUCCUUGCAAGGUUGUAAACCUCUCUUUGUCCACUCUGCACUCUGGCUACCCUCACGUGGUCUAGAAGCCAGAAACUAUCUUGGUCACCACAUAGUAGGUGUCUAAUAAUGAAACAGUCAAUAGAUGAGAUGUUGUUCAUCCCUUGGUAAGCAUAGUCUUGUUCAGUAAUAAAGAUAGCCAAUAUCUAUGAAAGGAUUUCUAUGUGCCACUGAUCCAUUCCCAUGACAACCUUGCAAGACAAAUAAAUGGGAAACAGACUUGGGAGAAUAUAGUAACUUGUUCCAGGUCAGACAAUCAGGAAAUGGCAGAAUCGUGCUGCAGACGAAGCUCCUGAAUUUUAAAUUCUUACCUAGGAGGCUUGUCUCCUUUUCUGAAUGAGCACGUGGCUAGCAAAGAGCUGUUCAUGGAAUACAGUGCAGCUGAAAGCUGUGUGUCUGUGCACGUGCAUGUGCAUCCACAUGUGAGCAUGUGUGUGCAUGCUCUUGUGCAUUUCAUGUUACUGCCCUGCCUCUGGCUGCUGCCUUGUCAGGAGAGUGGCUUUAGCUUUGACGCUCAGUAGAGGAAACAAAGCGUGUGGCAGCAGAAAUCAGGGAAUUGAUCUGGGUGGUGAUCAAUAACAGAAUGUGACUGGGAGCCAAGGGCCAGGAAAAUGAUCGCCACAAGAGAAAAUGUUUACAGUCAAAAGAGGAGGUCACAGUGGCUGGAAAAUGGGUUGAGGGGCUGUUGGCUGUGGGGUAGUGUGCCCUGGGUCCCAACCCCACCCCAAAUGUGAGAGAUGGUCUGCACAUUCCACUUUGCUCACUGGGCUUUUGUGCAAAUACUAUUGGGGGGGGGGAGCUUGAAGAGGUCAAUAGGAUGGUGACUGGUGUCCAAGCUACCAAUAUCUUCUUUUAAAUUUCUUAAAUGCUAAGUGGUUAUGCUCUGUAUUUCUUAUACAUUCCCUCUUUUCAUUGCUUUGGUUGCCCAUGGACACAUCUCCCUGAUUGAGGAACUUUAGAUGAAGAACUCUUCAGUUGUUUGCUGUGUCUGCUUGCCCGCCGCCAUGUUCCCUACCACGACAACAAUGAACCUCCAAAACUGAUCACUGAGGAGAUUGCUGAAGCUCACCCUCUGGGUGCAUCUAUGAAGAUUUUUCCAGGAAAACAUAACUGAAGAGAGAAGGCCUGCCCUGAAUGUGUGUGGAACCAUCCUAUGGGCUGGAUGUUAUCAUUGCCCCCUCAGCCAUUUUGUCAUAGUGAUGCUAAAAGUUAUGCUGGGGUGCCAUGCAAUCAAAGACAAGCCAAAGAAAGCAACUGCAAACAUCUCAUCCAGAAGUCACCAUCUGGCAUCUACGUAAAAGAAGAAAAUGGCCUACUUUAG